AGGCACUGAAUUGCUUUGUUGUUGAUAUGCUCUAUUGAAAUAAACUUCCCUUGGUCUCAGGCUUUUCUAAUUAAUCCUAAUAGAAAUGCAACGCUAUUUUAAUGCUAUUGCACAUGAGAAUAGUCAACAUUUUGAUAAUUUGGUCAGUGUUUGAAUGUGAAUCUACCACCAAAUGUCUUUGAUUAACUACAUACAUUCAAGUUUCAAAGUUCCUACAGUAAGUUGACUGUGGCAUUUAGAGGGUAAUAAUUGCAAUUAUUUAGGCCCACCGUUUUUUUCCAAGCCUAUCAAAGGCUUAGUGUUCUUCAUCAGAAUUUUAUCAUAAUAAUUAAUACGUGUUGCACACACAAGUUCAUCUGAUUGUUAAACGAGAAUUAUUGCCGUUGCUAUUCUAACAACGUGAUUUGUCGUUAUGAAUCGUCUGUGUUUAGAUUUAUUCCCGUAAAUAGAAACAGGAACGGAGGACAUAGAUUGACGCGAGAGAGGAAGAUUGUCAGUACUAAUAAAGUUUGUGCUUUUGAACCGGAAGCUGCCGUAAAGUAGCCGUUUGUUUGUCGUGCAGCUUGCAGGUUGUCAUAGCGACAGUCAAGAUGGCAACCAUGGCGGCCGGAGACGAACAUGCUGCUCCCGAAGUAUUGCGGGGACUCGCGAGACAUUUGAACUGUCUGAACGAAGACAACAAGGCGACAAGAAAAAGGGCCCUUGAGCUCAUUAAGAGAGACACUGUUGACCGAGGACUUUCCAGCAGCGUCUUACAGGAAGUGUUCUCCGCCCUCCUUAAACCUCUCCUCAAAUGUCUCUCAGACCCGAUGGAAAGAUGCCGAGAAACCGCGAUAACGAUGAUAACGGAGUUCAUUCGUUGCGUCCCGAAGCCGGAGGAGUCGCUGCCGUAUCUCAUGCCCUGUCUGGCCCAUCGGCUCGGGGAAAAAGAGCUCCUGGAGCCGGCGGAGGAGCUCCGGCUGGCGGCCGUGGAGAUGUUGACGCUGGCCGUGGAGGUGUGCGGCAAGCAUUUAGCGCCAUAUCUCACCGAAAUGAUGCACAUACUGCAGAGAACCGUCGUCGAUCCUUUUCCAGAUGUCCGGAGGGAAAGCUGCAAGUGCACGAUCGACUUCGCAAAGUGUGUGCCGGAGCACUUCCACAUGCAGGCGGAGAGUCUUGUGAAGCCUCUGAUGCAGACCAUUUCCCAUCAACACCACCGGGUACGAGUGUCUGCCAUUCAAGCCACGGGGGCUGUCAUUCAGCACGGCACCGGGAAGAACGUGGAUGACGUGCUGUCUCACCUGGCGCAGAGACUGUUCGACGACUCGCCGCAGGUUAGAAAAGCCGUGGCAGCGGUCGUCGGCGAUUGGCUGCUUCACAUGAGGGACCGGUACUCUUAUUUCCACAAACUCAUCCCACUCCUCCUGAGCGGUAUCAAUGAUGAGAUCCCAGAAAUAAGACUCCUAUCAGCUGAUUUGUGGAAGCAGGUAGGAGCCCAGUGGGAGAAAGAGAAUGAGGAAGAAAUCAAGGAUAAGAUGGACUUUCUUCUUACCCCACCUCCCUUCUACCCACCCGGAGUUGAGCGUCCCGGGCUGGGCUGCAGAGAGCUCGUGCUGAGGAACCUGGGUCGGCUGGUGCCGGCCGUCGCCCACGACAUGACUGACUGGCUGGUGCCCACACGGGUCAGGACCUCUCAGCUGCUGUCCGUGCUGCUGCUCCACGCCGAGGACCACAGCACCCAGCAUCUGCAGCCUCUCCUGGCCGCCCUCUACUCGGCCUGCACGGACACGGAGAGGGAUGUGGUCAGCAAUUGCCUGGCAGCUGCUCAACUGUUGGGGACCUUUGUCCCUCCCGUUGUCCUCCUCAAGCUGCUCCUGGACCACGUGACAGCCCCCUACUCUUCCUCCCACCCCUGGACCCCCCUCAUGGUGCUGGCCGCGGUGCUGGGGGGCUGCUCCCGAGCCCUCCUCCAACCACAUCUCGAAAACAUCGGGAACACACUGUCCCUGCCCGAAGUCUGCCAGGAAUAUCAACAGGUUGUGUACCUGGAGCAGUUGUUGUGCUGCGUGGAUGUGCUGCUGCGUCAGUGUGAGUCAGACACGGGCUCCGUCAGCCUGCAGCUGCUGCAGGUGUUGGUCGCUGUCCAGAGUCUCUCCACUGAGCCUCGUCUCAGCGCGAAGGCCUUGGACAGUGUGCAGCUCCUGAGUACGGUGCAGGGCCUGGACUCGCCGAUGGAGCUUUACAGACAACACAUGGGCCAGCUGCUGGAUUGGCUAUCAGGCUCAGUGAACACCUGGUCCAGUUUCUCCCCACAGAGACUUCAACUGCACGUCAUAGUCACACAAUCAGGUCCAGUUAUUGGAGAGUUCGUUUGCCAGCUGAUGCCGCUGCUGUCCAGCUGCCUUCAACCGGACAGAGACCCAGAGAUGAGGAUGAACAUCUUCACAAUGCUUGCCAAGCUGCUGCUGGAUGCAACCAACACACUGGAUUCCAAGGGGCAUUUCCGCGAUGAGUCCGAGAAGUUCCUGUCUGACGUCUUGCUGCCCAACCUGGUGUGGCGUGCGGGUCGUACCGCUGCUGCCAUCCGCACCUCGGCCCUCAGCUGUCUGCUGGCCCUGCUGCACGGAGGGGCCGUCACGCCGGGACAGUUGCUCUGUCUGGAAGACAAAGUGACUCCCUGUGUGCUGUCGGCCCUGGAGGAAGACUCUGAGAUGAGCAGACUGUUCGCUUGUCGCUCCCUGUCUGCAUUACUCCGACUCAUAGGAACCAAUCUGCACCCAGAGGCCCUCAACAAGAUUUAUCCCAUGCUGCUGAAGCGCCUGGACGACAGCAGCGAGGAGGUGCGCGGCGUUGCGCUGCGAGCCGUAGGCCUGUGGCUGUCCUGCCUGACCGAAGACUACAACCCUGAGGUCUGGGCUUCCCAUCUGCAGGUCCUCUUCCAGCAGCUCCUGCUGCACCUGGACGACCCCGACGGCUCCGUCCAGGACCAAGUGCUCGAGAUCCUGAAGAGCGGCAGCUCGGUCCACCCGGCUCUUCUGAGAAAGGAGACGGAGGGCGUGAGAGACCAGCAGCGGAGUCCUCUGUACUGCGACCAGCUGCUGCAGCACCUCAGCCUCCUGCCGGCAGAGCGUCCGCAGUGAGCUGGAGAUCGUGGCUCAAGUCAAAGGAUGCUCUCACGUUCAAAAUGUACAACAUUGAGGAACAACCUCCAACAACAUGAUGGUGAUCUUACAAAGGAGCAUUUGGACUUGUCAUAUUUACAACAAAAGAACUUGCCUUAAUUGAAUUAACUCUCCUGCGGGUGAGUAGGUGACUUAUUUUUUUAUUUAUAGUCAAACUUUUCAAUAUUCCUGUUCACGCAGAAUAUCAGGACAGAUUUUUGGCAUUCAUUCCUGUUAAUGUCAUCCUUUGGUUCUGAUGUUUGGUUUUAAUGAAGAAGAAAACAUGUUUGAUGCACCGGGGGUUGUUUUUAAAUGUCUUUGUAAAUUCCUCCACCCGACGUUCACCAUCCACGCCUGCAGAUGGUGCUGAGCUGAAGCAGCCGAAGCUGCUCAAGUGUUUGUUCUCUUUAACAAGCUAUUUUUUCUUCUUUAAAUUCUUAUAUAUUGAGACGUGUAAUAGAAAUUACAAUCAAAUAAAUCUGAGUUCUUUUAAAUAUUGUGAAACCUUUAUUAAAUGAUACAUGACAGUAACA